AUGUCUCAAUCUCCGCCGUCUCUCCGCAAGAGAGGCGGAAAGAAGGAGGUUUAUACCGCCCUGCCCUCAGAUGAGGAGCCCUCUUUCGUUUCGGGAGAGGCAGCUCCCAAGCGCAAGUCAGAGUGGGAUUAUAGGCUGGCCCUAACUAUUCUGACGGUGCUGGCAUUUAUCACCCGUUUCUACAAGAUUUCUUAUCCUGAUGAGGUUGUAUUCGAUGAGGUGCACUUUGGAAAGUUCGCUUCUUACUACCUUCAACGUACCUACUUCUUCGAUGUCCACCCUCCGUUUGGUAAACUUCUCUUCGCUUUGAUGGGCUGGUUGAUUGGAUACGAUGGCCACUUUUUGUUCGACAACAUUGGCGACUCGUACAUUGAAAACAAGGUCCCCUAUGUCGGUCUCCGCGCAUUGCCUGCGACACUCGGUGCCCUGACCAUCCCGGUCGUGUUCAUGAUUAUGUGGGAGUCUGGAUACUCGUUGCCUGCUUGCGUGCUGGCUGCCGGCCUCGUUCUGUUCGACAACGCUCACAUUGGUGAAGACAGACUUAUCCUCCUCGAUGCUACCCUCGUCAUCACCAUGGCGCUUAGCAUCCUGUGCUACGUUCGCUUCUACAAGCUGCGCCAUGAGCCCUUUGGUCGCAAGUGGUGGAAGUGGCUCCUGUUGACUGGUGUUUCCCUCAGCUGUGUGAUCUCUACCAAGUACGUGGGUGUGUUCACCUUCGUCACUAUCGGCUCUGCGGUCUUAGUCGACCUCUGGAACCUGCUGGACAUCAACCGCCCCCGCGGUGCUCUUGACAUGGUCCAGUGGGGUAAGCACUUUGCUGCGCGCUUUGUCGGUCUCGUCAUUGUGCCGUUCUUCUUCUACCUCUUCUGGUUCCAGGUUCAUUUCGCGAUUCUCAACCGAUCUGGCCCGGGUGACGAUUUCAUGACCCCCGAGUUCCAGGAAACCCUUAGCGACAACCUCAUGUCCGCGCAGUCCGUUGGAAUUGAAUACUACGAUGCCAUCAGUAUGAGACACAAGGACACCAAGGUCCUUCUCCACAGUCACUGGGAGAAAUACCCUCUGCGCUACGACGACGGACGUAUUUCGAGCCAGGGCCAGCAAGUCACCGGAUACCCAUACAAUGACACCAACAACAACUGGCAGAUUCUGCCUACUGUCCCAUUGCCAGACACUGAGGCUCAAGGCCACAAGGUGCGCAACGGUGACAUUGUUCAGCUUCGUCACUUGGGAACCGACACUUAUCUUCUCACUCAUGAUGUUGCAUCUCCUUACUUCCCUACCAACCAGGAAUUUACCACUGUGCCGCAAGAACUGGCCAGUGGCGAGAGACACAACGAUACUUUGUUCGAGAUCAAGAUCGAACACGGCAAGCCUGGGCAGGAAUUCAAGACCCUUUCGAGCCACUUUAAGCUGAUCCAUGUCCCUACGCGGGUCGCAUUGUGGACACACACCACUCCGUUGCCAGAAUGGGGAUUCAAGCAAGCCGAGAUCAACGGUAACAAGAACGUUCUGCAGUCGAGCAACUUGUGGUUUGUGGAUGCGAUUGAAUCUCUGCCCGAAGACAGCCCGCGGUUGGUCAGGGAGGAACGCAAGGUCAAGAAGCUGUCCUUCUUCCGAAAGUACCUCGAGCUGCAGCGUGCCAUGUUCCACCACAACAAUGCAUUGACCAGCAGCCACCCCUAUGCCAGUGAGCCCUUCCAGUGGCCCUUCCUUCUGCGUGGUGUCAGCUUCUGGACCAAGAACGACACCCGUGAGCAGAUCUACUUCCUUGGUAACCCCAUUGGAUGGUGGAUUGCGAGCAGUUUGUUGGCGGUUUUUGCCGGUGUCGUUGGUGCUGACCAGCUUUCUCUCCGACGUGGUGUUGAUGCUUUGGAAGAAAUUUGGGGCGCUGGUGCACGUUCGCGCUUGUACAACAGCACCGGAUUCUUGUUCCUUUGCUGGGCUGCUCACUACUUCCCCUUCUGGUUGAUGGGCCGUCAACGUUUCUUGCACCACUACCUCCCUGCCCACUUGGCAUCUGCUCUGGUUACCGGUGCCUUGGUUGAAUUCAUCUUCAAUGUUGCACCCAUCUCCAUCAAUGCGAUUGUGAGAGAAGAUCCUUCCGGCAAGAACAAGGUUGGCGCUUCUCCCCGCCGUUUCAUCACUGCCUCCGAGCGCAUGGGCCGUAAGUCGAUGAUUGCAUGCUGGGUUGCCACUUUAGCUAUCCUCGGAUUCACCUUCUUCGGCUUCGCCUUCUAUGCGCCGCUGACAUACGGAACUCCUGGUUUGGAUCCCAACGGCGUUAAUGCCCGCAAGUGGCUGAACUACGACUUGCACUUUGCCAAAUAA